GUCUGGAGACCUCAGGAACCACCAGGCUGGUGGAAACUGGGUGCUUGCUUGGUUUGUUUUUCUUUCUUUCCUUUUUUGAAGGGGGGGUGUUUGAGCUGAGCUAAUGAAGAAAUGAGAUGGAUUGUUGAAUAAAAGUGACGUGAGGAGGAUCUCUCGGAUGGGCAGCAGGUACGACUCGUCUGAAAUCGGACCGACGCGUAACGACGACAACGACAACAACAGCAGCAGCAGGAAGAAGAAGAAGAAGGAGGAGGAGGAGGACGACGACGACGGCAGCGAGGCGUCUCGGAGUGGGAACGGCUCAGGGUUUGAGUUUAAUCAUUAUUAUGGGGAUGGAAGAAGAGGAGGGCCUUGCUUUGAUCAACAUGGCGGACAACAAAGCCCUGGUGCUGUAACGCGUUCGGCACGGAACACCAUGGAUCAAAUGCAAAACUCGCACGAGGAGUACCAUAAUAACCCGUAUAACCACUAUCCGAACUACCGAUCCGGUUACGGUGGGGCUGGAUAUGGGAUGAUGAGCCCUUCGCGGCAAGGAAGCGCCAUGGGCCCGGGCAGCAACUCGGCUACAGCCGCCGCCGCUGCCGCAGCCGCCGCCGCCGCUGCUGCUGCUCACGGUAAAGCUGCGAUGGCUUCUCCUUCUGCAAACGUCGGCGGCUUUCAGAGGUUUCCUCCAGGCCAGAAUCAGCAGCAGAACCAGAACCAGCACCCAUCCGGCGCCACGCCGACUUUAAACCAGCUCCUCACCUCUCCCAGCCCGAUGAUGCGCGGUUACAGCAGCGGCUAUCAAGAUUACAAUAAUAAUCCCUCCACGGCUCAGCAGCAGGCGAGCAUGGGGCUCGGCAAAGACAUGAGCUCUCCCUUCGGCUCCGCAAGCCACGGCUGGCCAGCACAGCAGAGAACCCACCCGGCCAUGAGCCCUGGAAAUACCACCCAAGGAGGAAGCAACAGACCCCAGGUGGCACCUAUGGACGCCAUGGCCAUGAAGCGCUCCCAGCUUUACAGCAUGGCGAACAGUUCUUAUUCUCAGCAGCAACAACAACAACAGCAGCAGCAGCAGCCGCCGGGCGGGGCGUACUCCGGUCAGCCAUAUGGUGCUCCCGCUCCACACCGAUACCCAAUGGGAAUGCAGGGGCGUGGACAAGUCAGUAUGGGAGCCAUGCAGUACCACCAUCAACAGCAGGUCCCGGCGCAGUACGGUCAGCAGGGCAUGGGUGGGUACUGCCAGCAGGGUCAGCCUCCGUACUUCAGCCCUCCUCAUCAGCAGCCUGCGGCUCCGUCUCAGCCUCACUACAUGCAGCCGCGAGCUCCACCGCAGCAGGAUGCUCCUCAGGAGGCGUACGGAAGUAGAGCUCAGCCUGCGAUGACUCCAGGGAAACCUAACCACGACGAACUGGGCCUGAACCAGCAAGAGCGGCCGUCCAGCCUUCCAGACUUGUCAGGCUCUAUAGACGACCUCCCGACGGGGACUGAGGCAGCUCUGAGCUCGGCCGUCAGCGCCUCGGGAUCCACCAGCAGCCAGGGCGAGCAGAGCAACACGGCGCAGUCCCCGUUCUCCCCUCACGCGUCACCCCGUCUCUCGGGCCUGCGCAGCGGACCCUCGCCCUCUCCGGUCGGCUCACCCGUGGGCUCCAGCCAGUCACGAUCCGGACCCAUAUCGCCCGCCAGCGUGCCAGGUACCCAGAUGGCUCCGCAAACCCCAGGGAACGUAUCAGAUGUGGCCUCCCAUUCUACCCUCAGUCAGUCGCCCAUGUCUCAGGAGAGGGGAUUUGCCUCCAACAUGCAUCGCACCGGCCCCGCCCCUCAGUUCGGGCUCCAGCAGUCUGGACCACCCAUGUCCCCUCACCCGUCCCCGGGAGGCCCCGUGCACCACAGCAUGGGCUCUUACCAGCAGGGGGGCCCAGGGUACGGGCCCCAGGGUGGGCAGUAUGGCCCUUCAGGCAACUACCCUCGUCCACCAAGCUACGGCGGCGCUCCAGGACCCAGCUACAGCGGCCCUGGGCCUGGCAUGAGCCUGGGCAUGAACGCCAGUAGCCCCAUGCACGGCCAGGGCCCGGGACAGCCCUGUGGCUCGAUGCCUGCCGCGAGGGGUCCCGCUCAGCCAGGGGCAGGACGCUCAUACCCAUCAGGCUCCAGCGGUGCCGCACCCACAUCUCCCAGCAUGCCUCAGUCUGCGGGGCCAGGCAUGGGCCCCCCUCCGCCCACAGGAGGCCGGAAACCCCACGAGAGCGGCACUGCUCCCUCACCACAGAACCUCCACGCACCCGGGCCGGCCAGGCCUCCAUAUACCAGGUCCCCCGUGUACCCGGGCGUACGACCGAGCCCCUUUACUCCCCCUCAUUUCCCUCAGCCACAUGCCAGCAUCUACACCAGCGGCCCAGGCCAGCCUCAGCCCGAGCAUUAUGGGUCGGCUGUGUACCCCGGUGGGCCCCCGAUGGGUGGGAUGGGUCCCGGAGGCCCCUACAACCCACCACAGAGUGCCAACUCGAGCAGGAUGAACUUCCAGAAUCCUCCUUACAGCAGCAUGCCGCCUUCGGGACCCAUGCCCAUGGGCCCCGGAGACGGCAUGCCUCCCACUGAGCUGAAACAGAGAGCAGAAAAGGAGGAAGGUGGCGGCAUGGCCGGCAAUGAACCACCCAAAUCGAAGGACAGCUCCAGCUCCCACUGUGUGUCUCAGCCCCCCACCCCGUCUCCCUUGUCCCCCAGCCCUGCUAGUCUGUCCUCUAAUCACGGCGAUGACAGUGACAGCAUUAGCAGUCCAGCCUGGCCAAAGACCCCCAGCAGCCCUAAGCCGAAUUCAGCCACCAUGACGAAUGAGAAGAUCACACGCCUGUAUGAGAUGGGAAAUGAGCCGGAGAGGAGGGCCUGGGUUGAACGUUAUCUGGCCUUCAUGGAGGAGCGGGGUACACCCGUACCCAACCUACCUGCUGUAGGCAAGAAGCCCCUGGACCUGUGCCGCCUCUACCUGUGCGUGCGUGAGAUCGGCGGCCUGGCCAUGGUGAAUAAGAACAAGAAGUGGCGUGAGCUCUCCACAAUUCUGAACGUAGGAACGUCCAGCAGCUCAGCGAGCUCCCUGAAGAAGCAGUACAUCCAGUACCUGUUCGCUUACGAGUGCAAGGUGGAGCGUGGCGAAGAACCUCCACCGGACGUCUUCAACACUGACACCAAGAAGCAGCAGCAGGCCAAGAUCCAGCCGCCGUCACCGGCAAACUCGGGCUCUCUCCAGGGCCCUCAGACUCCUCAGUCUACAGGCAGCAGCUCCAUGACAGAGAUGCCUGGGGAUUUAAAGCCCCCAACACCGGCCUCCACCCCACACAGCCACAUGGGCCCUCAGCAAGGUGUCAGAAACAGCGGUAUCAGUGUGCAGGAUCCGUUUUCUGAUAGCAGCGAUCCAGCUUUCCAAAAGCGUGCCAACGUUCCACCUGGUAUGAUGUACCAGCAGGGAGGAGGAGGAGGCAUAGAUACACGGAUGCAGUACGAUGCCAACAAGGAGCCCUAUGGAGGUCAAAGGAAAGGUGCCAAUGACUCUUUCAUGCCAGGGCCAAUGCCCAGCAGUGGCAUGCAAGAAAUGUACCAACGAGGACCCCAGGGCAUGGGCAUAAGACCCCAGUACCCUUACAGCCAAGGUUUUGACCGAAGGCCUGAGAUGGGUCCAGAUGGUGGAUUGGUGCCUCCAGGAAAUCAGAACAGCAUGAUGCCUUCUAACAGCGAUCCAAACAUGUACCCAGGGAACAGAUACCCGUCACAUCAGAGACAUGGUCAUGAUGGUUACGGACAGCAGUAUCCUCAAGGCAUGCCGUACGGUGCACAUGGGAUGUACCCACAGCCACAGGGGUAUAAGAGACCUGGGGAAGGGAUGUACGGACCUCCAGCGAAGCGACAUGAGGGCGAAUCCUAUGGCAUGCAGUUCAGCGGUCAGCAGCCAGACAUGUACAGCCAGUACGGUGGAUAUCCGGAGCGCAGACCCAUGCAGGGGCAGCUUUCGUUCCCAUAUAACCGUGAACGCAUGCAGCACGGGGGACAGGGACCUCCUCAGCAUGGAAUGAUGAGCGGGGGACCGUCGUCCACUCCGAGUGGGGCGCCUCAAGGGAACAUGUGGCACCCCAGGUCUGAUAUGGGCUACGCUUACGCUAGCAGACAGGGCCCUCCUUUCCCCUCCAUGAGUCGCGCAGAUGACCCAGAGGGCAGGGCGAAUCAGGACAGUCAGUGGCCGAGUCACCCGGGCCAACGUCAGUCACCGUAUCCUUCACAGUCCUCUGCCAGCUCCAUGCCGCCCAUGACAAACCGCCAGCCUCCGUCCUCUUACCAGUCCCCUCCAGCCAUGUCCAACCACAUCGCCCGAGCUCCAAGUCCAGCACCGUUUCCCAGACAAGUCGGAGGUUCUAUGUCUCCCAAUAAAGCUCAGUUGAUGUCGUCUAUGAAGAUGCCAAAACCAGGAGUUCCCGGGUCCAUGCCAAGCUCUCAGAGUGGUGGUGGUGGUGGUGUUCCCGGGCAAGGCCUUCCACCCAUACACAGAGAGAUUAGCUUUCCUCUUGAUUCUGUCGAGGCUACACAGCCUCAGCUAAAGGCUCGUCGACGGUUAACCUCUAAAGACAUCGGUACACCAGAGGCCUGGCGUGUGAUGAUGUCUCUGAAGUCUGGUUUGCUAGCAGAGAGCACUUGUGCUUUGGACACGAUAAAUAUUCUACUAUAUGAUGAUAAUACAGUAUCAGCUUUUACCUUGUCGCAGUUGCCAGGUUUUCUGGAGCUUGUAGUGGAAUACUUCAGAAGAUGCCUGAUUGAGAUCUUUGGAAUCCUGGAGGAGUAUGAAGUGGGUACUGAGGGGCAGAAAACGCUUCUUGGCCCCCUCUCAGAGCCAGCAGAAAAAGAGGAAUCGGAUCCCGAGGAGCAGGACAGUCUUUCAAAUCCUGAGCAGAUAGACAACAAGCCUGAAGUAGAGUCUCUGUCUCAAAAGUGUGUUCUUAGCAGCACAUCUGGCGGAGACGCUUUGGAAAAGAAGCCAGCAGAGACAACUGAACAAAAGGAGAAGGAGAGAGAAAUCGAAGCAGGUAAAGACAUUUGUCCUUCCACAGAACCCAGGCCCAAGCAGGCCAGCAAGUACGACAGAUUGCCAAUAAAGGUGGAGGAGAGGGAGGCAGUCGCAGACCUGGUGGAAGAUCGAUCUGAACAGCUGGGCUUGGCCGGAGGGUUCACCAGCGGCCUGCUGCACUGGAAGGCUGGUGGAGGAGACUCCACCGCCCACAUCCAGACCCACUUCGAUAGAAAGUAUGAGGGGUCGAGCACUAAACCAGUGGUAACUUUGGAGCUUGAGGAGGUUAAAGAACAAAUCACUGAGGAUCCCAGUCAAGAGGAUUCAUCUCCUAAACAAGACCAAGAUGUCGUGCAUAAACUUCUGACCGUCACUGCAGAUGAUGCAGGACCUCCACCAGAGAACGAAGCCCAAGAUUCCACCCCGGAGAGCAAAGGGAACCAUCGCAACCUCACUCUGAUGGAAGAUGAACCACGUUGCUGGGAUGAGGCACCGCUUUCCACAGCCGAGGACUGGCAGGACGAGCUGGCUAAGCGCUGCAUAUGCAUUUCCAACAUAGUCCGUGGGCUGUCCUUCGUGCCAGGUAAUGAUGGCGACAUGGCACGGCAUCCGGGUCUGGUACUCAUCCUGGGCAAGCUGGUCCUUUUGCACCAUAAGCACCCCAAGAGGAAGAGGAUGCCUCCGACGUACCAGCGCGAAGAGGAGCGAAGUCUGGCUUGCAGCAAGGACGAGUGGUGGUGGGACUGCCUCGGUGCCUUGCACGAGAACACCUUGGUGACCUUGGCCAACAUUUCAGGGCAGCUCGAUCUGUCAAUCUACCCCGAGAGCAUCUGCUUGCCCAUCCUGGAUGGGCUCUUGCACUGGAUGGUUUGCCCGUCAGCCGAGGCCCAAGACCCUUUCUGCACGGCGGGUGGCUUCUCUUCUCUGACGCCACAGAGGCUGGUGCUGGAGUGCUUGUGCAAGCUGAGCAUCCAGGACUGUAACGUGGACCUACUGUUAGCAACACCGCCGUUCAGCCGACAGGAGCGCCUCUUCGCGACGUUGGUGCGUCAUGUGGGCGAACGUAAAAGCCAGGUGUGCCGGGAGAUGGCGGUGGCCGUCCUGGCCAACCUGGCGCAAGGCGACCCCACGGCGGCACGUGUCAUCGCACUUCAGAAGGGCAGCAUCGGGACCCUGAUAGGCUUUUUAGAGGACAGCCUUGCCAUGGCACAGUAUCAGCAGAGUCCUCACAGCCUGCUUCAUGCAGGACACGCGACCCACCCCGAGCCACCCAGCAUCAACAUGAUGUGCCGGGCCGCCAAAGCCUUAAUGGCGAUCGCUCAGGUUGAGGAGAACCGGCCCGAGUUCGUGUUGUACGAGAGCCGCCUGCUGGACAUCACGCUGUCAUCGGUGCUGAACUCGAGCGUGGCGGGCAUUUUGUGCGAGGUGUUGUUUAAGCUGGGACGCUCGUGACACGAGCGCUAAUACUAAAUAAAGCCUGGCAUUGCUAAAAAAAAAAAAAUUAGUGGGGACAAAACCACACAGAUCGAGAUCGUCGGUGUUAUAUUUUUAUUUAAAUAAUAAAAAAUAAAAAAAAGACAAAAAAUGUUUUUACUUACAGUUAUAUAGAGAAUAUAUAUAGCUCCUCUACCCCUCCUUUUUUCAUUUUGGAUUUUUAAAUGAUUUUAAUACAAAUAUUUAAUAUUUCAUGGUGUUGUUUUCUAUUCCUUUUUUUUAUUCUUGUUCCUUUUUUUUUUUGUUUUUCUCCCUCAGUUCCGUUUUUUUUUUAACCAAAGUUCUAAUCGAUACUGUUUAUUAGUUUUCCAAAAAAAAAAAAAAGUUUUCUUUUGCUCUUAGGUUGUUUGUUUUUUUAAGUCAUUGUGGCUGUUUCUGGUGGGACUUUGUUUGUUUAUUUGGGGAUGCACAUUUAUUUAAAUUGUGAGAUGUGUUGUAGAUAGAACUUCUCUUGCAAUGUGUUAAAGAAAAAGAAAAAAAAAACUCUAGAUUUACUCAAGAUAUACAUGUAUCCAGCUCUAAAAAGCAUUGUGCAAUAGGGUGUAGACGGCUUGUUUGAGGGAAGAUUAUUACCAAAUGUGAAUGACUCUUUACCACAGGCAAUAUUCAAAUCUGAUAACCAGUAUUGCACUGCAUAACCACACCAGUAUGUGAGGGUAAAAGUGAGAGCUGUUUUUUUUGUUUAGUUUUUUCUUUUUUUUUUUCUUUUCUUUUUUAAAACUUACUCGCUUCCACCAGUAUGACCAUUAGACCCGCAGGAUCAACAGUGUGACAACGGAACUCUACGGCGCUUCAGUUUACCACUUCUCUUCAAUCAUCAUCAUCAUCAUCGUCACAUCAUAUGGGGCUGAUUUGUGUAUAUAUAUAUAUGAGCUGUAUAUUAAACAGGCCCUUUUCACCUUUUUUUUUUUUAUAAUUUCUCUAAGAGAUGUGGUAUUAUUAUACAAAGUGAUGGUAGUCAAUGCUAAUUAUUAGCUAAAUGAAAAUUUUCAUCGCCGUCUUCUGUCUGGGGAUUAGUCUGCUGUUGUGUAGUUGACGUUCCUGCGUGGACUGUACUACACACAAUUCUGUACAAAACAAAAACAGAUGGGACCAGGUCCGUCGAACCGCAGUGGAUGUCUGGCUUUGAAUAAAAAAUAAAUCAAUAAAUAAACGACAACAGGCUCUUUUGAAAAGUCAGUCUGUGUAACUGUAAUCCAGUAAAAUCUGAAGUUAUCCCAGAAGUGACUCGAGCAAGAAUUCCAAUGACAAUGUACAACUCUGUGAACUUUUUGUUUUGUUUCUUGGUUUUUGUUUGUUUGUUUCAUGCCAUAUGAUAAUUUGAUCAACAUUUGUUUAUUAGUAUAAAGUCUUUAUACUACAUGUUCCACAUGUUAAAGUAAAUGUACAUGAAGUCUGGUUGAGCACUGUGAA